AUGUCUGCAACACAGGACGAAGACAAGAAGCCAGGAGACCAAGGAGCUCACAUCAAUCUCAAGGUCAAGGGACAGGACGGAAACGAGGUCUUCUUUAGGAUCAAGAGAAGCACACAGCUGAAGAAGCUGAUGAAUGCUUACUGUGACAGGCAAUCCGUGGACAUGAACUCCAUUGCGUUCUUGUUUGAUGGGCGUCGUCUCCGUGCUGAGCAGACUCCUGAUGAGCUGGAAAUGGAGGACGGUGAUGAGAUUGAUGCGAUGCUCCAUCAGACUGGUGGCGGUGGCGGUCGUGAUGCAAUGGCCUGA